GAAGCCGGGAGCGCCGAGUCGUUCCCAAAAGAGGCGGCCAGGCUAUGAUCGCCGGUCUCCGGCGUCCCGCUCCCGUCAGCCAGCGUUCCCGUCUCAGCCUGUGCCCGUGCCCGAGCCGUCUCCCCAGCCCGGCCCCGCGGCGCGGCUGGCUUCGGCGCCCCUGGCGCGCCCCCUCCUCCGAUGGCGGCGGAGAUUCAGCCCAAGCCGCUGACCCGCAAGCCGAUCCUCCUGCAGCGGGUCGAGGGGUCUCAGGAGGUGGUGAAUAUGGCGGUGAUUGUGCCCAAGGAGGAGGGCGUCAUCAGCGUCUCGGAGGACAGGACAGUUCGUGUUUGGUUAAAGAGAGACAGUGGACAGUAUUGGCCAAGCAUAUACCAUGUAAUGCCUUCUCCAUGUUCAUGCAUGUCUUUUAAUCCGGAAACAAGAAGACUGUCCAUAGGUCUAGACAAUGGUACAAUCUCAGAGUUUAUUUUGUCAGAAGAUUAUAACAAGAUGACUCCUGUGAAAAACUAUCAAGCGCAUCAGAGCAGAGUGACGAUGAUCCUGUUUGUCCUGGAGCUGGAGUGGGUGCUGAGCACGGGACAGGACAAGCAAUUUUCUUGGCACUGCUCUGAGAGUGGGCAGCGCCUGGGAGGUUAUCGCAUCAGUGCCGUGGCCUCGGGCCUGCAAUUUGAUGUUGAAACCCGGCAUGUGUUCAUCGGUGACCAGUCAGGCCAAGUAACAAUCCUCAAGCUGGAGCAAGAAAACUGUACCCUGGUCACAACAUUCAGAGGACACACAGGUGGGGUGACUGCUCUCUGCUGGGACCCAGUCCAGCGGGUGUUGUUCUCUGGCAGUUCAGAUCACUCCGUCAUCAUGUGGGACAUCGGUGGGAGAAAAGGAACAGCCAUCGAGCUCCAAGGACACAAUGACAAAGUCCAGGCCCUCUCCUAUGCACAGCACACGCGGCAGCUCAUCUCAUGUGGCGGUGAUGGUGGGAUCGUCGUCUGGAACAUGGACGUGGAGAGGCAGGAGACCCCUGAAUGGUUGGACAGUGAUUCCUGCCAAAAGUGUGAUCAGCCUUUCUUCUGGAACUUCAAGCAAAUGUGGGACAGUAAGAAAAUUGGCCUAAGACAGCACCAUUGCCGCAAGUGCGGGAAGGCGGUCUGCGGCAAGUGCAGCUCCAAGCGCUCCUCCAUACCUCUCAUGGGCUUCGAGUUUGAAGUGAGAGUCUGUGACAGCUGCCACGACGCCAUCACAGACGAAGAACGUGCUCCCACGGCUACCUUCCAUGACACUAAACAUAAUAUUGUGCAUGUACAUUUUGAUGCAACCAGAGGAUGGUUACUGACUUCGGGAACUGACAAGGUUAUUAAGUUGUGGGAUAUGACCCCAGUAGUGUCUUGAGGACUCUCCCAGGAAUCAGAAAGAUAGUAUUUCCUAAAGAAACUAUUAUUCUAAUCCAAAUCAUUACUGGAGAGGGAGGACAGGUAUGUGAGAAGUGAGAGCAAAACUGAAGACCCUGGAGGAACUGCGUAUCACCUACAAGCACAGCAGUGACCUAGAGAAUGGCCACAUGCAAGGGGACUCUUCCAACUUGUUCAUACAAUAUAAAGGAAGAUAUUUUUUUAACAAA